AUGAAAGAGAUAACACAAAACAGAAUGAGCGACAGAGAGAAGUUAGAGAUGGAAAGCGAAGAGGCUAAAGAAACUGAUACGAGAACAGAAUUGACAUCCAUGGAAGAAACAGAGGGACAAGAUACGGAUUUGGGGACGAGCGAAUCUGAUUGGAGACACGAAAGAGAUCCAAGAUCCUCAAAUGAAACUCAGACGCGACACGAAUUGGAUCAGUCGAGUGAGUAUCAUCCACUUCGUGCAGGUGUAGCAGAUUGUUACUAUUACCUGAAAAACGGUAGUUGUUUCUUUGGACGAAGUUGCAGAUUCAAUCACCCACCGAGAACACAUGAUACGAUGCAACCGAGUGGAAGAAAUUGUAGACGUUAUCUAGACACUGGUCAGUGUAUCCAUGGAAGUCAAUGCUGGUUCAAUCAUCCACCGAGUCCGUAUCCAGAUGUAAGAGAUUGUAGACAGUAUCUACAAACUGGGGAGUGUAGCUAUGGUCCUAAGUGCCGAUUCAAUCAUCCUUCUCCUCCUCCUCCUACUCAAUCUGCACCGUUUUUUCAGAAAGGAAGUUGUAAGUACGGCUCAGAAUGUAGAUUUACGCAUUCAACGGGAGAGGAUGGUGCAGAACCUAUGCGUCAGGCUACAACUUGGGGUAAGAACUUUCAUGAGAAGAAACACGGAGCAAAGUCAAGGUCUAGGCCAUGGAAGAGGGUAACUAAGCUAAAUCGUUACAUGCAAGGUUAUGAUCUGGAUGAACAGAAACAGAAGAAGAUGAAGGUGGAACACUUGAGAAUUGAUGUUCAAUCCGGUGAAGGAGGGAGUCAAACGGCACAGAGAUUGGAGAUUCCAGAGAAUCCCAACGUUAUUGCUCAAGAGAAUCAACAAGAGCAGGCAGAUAUGGAGGGGCAGAACAGAGAGGCUCAAGAGAAAGCGGAGGAGGAACGUAGACAACUGAUAGCUAUUGACAGGACUCGGGCUCGUUUGCGUCUUGAGCGGAUGAGACCAAGAGUUUUAACCGAUAACGUGGAUCAGGUCAGAGAGGUGUUACCAGAUAUUGGGAUUGAUAGAAAAGAGGGAGAUGGGUUUUAG